AUGCUACCGUGCCCUAUGAAAUGGACACCGCGUUCUGUACCUCUCCAUGAGGUGAAAGCGAUUGAAACAGCAUUUGCCAGCUACACAAAGAAAACCUGUAUACGUUUUCAGCCUCGCAAGGACGAAGUGGACUUUUUGAAUAUCGUCAAAGGAUACGGCUGCUACUCACAAGUGGGGCGAACAGGUGGUAAGCAGGAGAUCUCGUUGGGUCGUGGUUGCCUCCAUCAUGAGAUCAUCGUCCACGAACUCAUGCACUCGCUUGGAUUCUGGCAUGAGCACAGCAGAGACGAUCGUGACGAGCAUAUUCGCAUUCGCUGGGAAAACAUUUUACCCGGAAUGGAGUCCCAGUUUGACAAAGUGUCCGCAUUUUUGCAGGACACCCAAGGAGAGAAAUAUGAUUAUCGCUCUAUUAUGCACUACGAUUCAACGGCAUUCUCACGUAAUGGAAGACAUACGAUCGAAACGAUCAACAAACUCUAUCAAUGUCCUUCGAUCAGCCAUGGCAACCAGCAGCGAACAUGGUCUACGACGACUACCGAGUUGGUGGACAUAGUUGAAGAAUUUAAACUUGCCCAGGACGGUACGUAUUCUCCUAGCCUGAGAGAUAAGAAAGCCACUUGUUGCUCUCAGGAUCUUUAUAAUCUUGUAUACAUUCUCCAUCUUUCUACCUCUUCGUUAAGCGUAUUGCACAUUGCAGCAUGCCAGGACCAUUUCACCGACUGUCUGCACUUUACACAGUACUGCCAACGAGCGUCGUUCUUCUUCGUCAUGAAGACCUACUGUCCUCAGACAUGUGGUCACUGCAUGGAAUUGGAUAACUAG